GAGCGAUGCGUUUCGGGUGUGCUGGGCUCGGUGGCGAUGAGAACAGACGUCUCCCAGCUCGUCGUUCCCAUCCAUCUGUGAGCAACGCCCCCGACUUGUUCCGGUUUGUGCUGGGAUAGACCCUCGAACUGCGACCGUCUCCCCAUGCCCUCUUCCCUGGCUGGACUGCACUGGCCCUCCGAGUGCAUGUCCAAUUCUGAGUGCAUGUCCAAUUCUUCGUCAGCUCCCCAUCGAUCCAUGGAUGGAUACUGCCCUCACCGCGCCAAGAGACAGGUUGUGUUCGGCCGUUCUUUCUCUCGGCCGCACCCUCCGGCGUUCUCUUUCCCUCUGUUUGCUUGCCUCUGGUCGCGGCAACUCUCGUCUCAUCCAAGCGGGCAGGCUCCCUCGGACGCUCCAGUCAUCGCGAUUGCGGCCUCACACACCAUCCCAAGCCAUCCGUAUAUGGAGCUCUGCAAGCGAGACCACAUCAAGCACCGGCACUGGCAUCCGCUUCUGCAACCACACCACCUCUCUUGCGGCGACAUCGAGUCCGUUGAAUCCCGGUGUGCCCAACCCCCGUCCUGCUUCGGCCACACACAGUGCAUCGUACCUGGGUUCCCCGCCGAGCUCCUCUGUUGAGCUGCGAUCCCUGUCGAACACACCUCGCCCCUCGACCGACCUCUCCAUCAUCAAUAGACCGCUGUCGUUGUUUCCACUCGGAUUCGGCUCCGGCCAGUCCGCUCAGUCCGCUCAGUCCGGCAGUCGCACCGCCCAGGCCCGUUUCGACCGCAACCACGGUCCUGCCAACGAUUUCGAGCUUGCGUUUGCAGACGAUACCCCUGGCACAGCGCCCGCUCCGCUGCCCAGGUCUCUGCAUCCACCAUAUCAGAGCAUUCGUACUCACGGCUACCAGUUUGUCUCUGACGACGAUGAAGAUCGUAACCGCAACCUCGGUCUCGACAACGACCACGACCACGAUAACGACCACGACCACGACCACGAUCAUGAGCACGACCAUUUCCCUGGCGGCAUGGCUGGUGCGAGACGCUGGACGUCGUUUUCACAUUCAACCAUCAAGGGCAGCAACGACGGAGCCACCGUUGCGCUGAUGGGCGAUCGGGAGCAGCACAACCUCGACAAGCUGCCAGAGCUUGCCUUCCUGAAGCUAUUGCUACACCAGAGCAAUCUCGAGUCGAUGCAGGAGAUGGCCCGCAGUCGGCUAGACUAUCUGACCGAGAACGACGAUGCAUCCAAGAUGAACAGGAUGUCGACCUGGCAAUUGGCUGUUCUUCGGUUCCCGGCCAUGCUCUUGACUCUUGUGCUCGAGAUGAUCGUUGGCUUCAUUGUCUCGCGGUUUACUCCCACCCUGGAAAAGCACAUUGCCAUGACCUACUUCACCCCGGUCCUGUCGUCGAUAUCAGGCACCAUCGGAUUACAAGCCUCGGCCGCCACAUUGCGAGCCCUGGCAACUGGGCAUGCAAGCAAUGCCAAUGCCGAGGGCGUGAUCAAGGUGGUCUUGAAGGAGUUUUUUGCAGCCACAACCUCGGCUCUGGUCGUCGGUCUCUCGCUGGGACUCAUCGGCGGGGUAUGGACAGACAACCUCCGGUUCGGCAUCGUCACAGGAGUUUCCCUGUUCGUUAGCUCCUCGUUCGGCGGUGCCCUGGCUUCCUGUGGACCGCUGCUCUUCAAGGCGCUGCAUGUGGAUCCCGCCCUGACGACGGGGCCCUUCGAGACGGCCCUCCAGGAUAUUCUCACGUACACGGCGUAUCUCGCCCUGGCACUAUGGUUGCUUUAGACCAUAGCAUCGCUUUCGCUCCUCCCCUACUCCACGUCCAAUCGAUCUUGUCACAGUCGCAAGAGUGCAUCAUAAUUUGAGUCCGUCUGCGACCCCUCUUCUGGAUCUCGAAUGAACAAAUGUCCACCCCCGCCAUCUGGCCGUCGCCCGCAGAGAUCAACGAGAGGUGCCCUGGCCGAGCUUUCCCGAG